CUUUCCUUUACUAAUUUUUAUCUAAACAUAAGGUAAACUGCUUGAGCCGCCUUCAAAAAUUUUCAGCUGAAGGCGAGGUGAAAAACCAGUUAAAUACGGCUUACGAAAUCAGUAGUAGCCGCCUCGCCUCCGUCGCACGUGCCGCCUGCAAUCCCCAAAUACUGCGCAAUUCCACACCGUUUACACUCCAAAAUCACAGGCACUCCCCAUUCUUUCGCUCCCCUGGGAGACUCGAAGAAUACAGCAAACCCUAACCCUAAUCUCCUGCAAUUUAACCGCCAAUGGCCAGCGAUAACCAAGAUUCGCAUCACCGCAAGAACCGUCGGUCCUCAUCCGACGAUGAAGAACCCGAGAAAUCUUCCAAACGACACAAGCAUCGACACCACCGACACCGCCAUCAUCGCCAUCGAAGCAAGAAGAACGGAGAGGAGACUAUAGAUGGUGUUCAUGAGAUUGAUCCUCCUCCACCUGCUUCGAUACCUGUUACUGACGAUGGUACUCGGCACGAUGAUGAUGUGGAGGAAGGAGAGAUUCUUGACGAGGAAUUGAUGCGCGAUACAAAGCCUGGUGAAUCUGGUGACCAGUCUGCUGAUUCCAAUUCGGUGUGUUCUGUUUGCCCUUGCUUGUUCUGAUUCGUAUUAGUUUUAUCUUUCGGAUGUUCAUUCUGUCAGUUUUUUUUUCUUUUUCUUUUCUUCCUGUGCUGUUUGGUUGCUGAGAAAUCGGGGUUAAAAAGAGGUUUGAACCUUUUUGAAUUCUCACUUUUCUCGUCAAUAAUUCUGUUUCUUAUAAUCUGGAUUUCAACUUUUUUUUUUGCAUUUUUGGGAUUUGUUAAUCUAAAUUGUUUCCGAGUGGAAAUUUUCCGGGCGUUCGUAUUUUGAAAACUCUAAAAAUUUUAGCAUUUUGAUUCUAUGUCUGUCUCCCACCUGGAGAGAGGAACUUCUGUACCUUUUCCUCAGUGACCUAACGGUUCAUACGUUGUCAUGUAAUACUUUUAUAUAUUUGGAAUUUGGAUAAUGAAUUUUUGGUUCUUGAGAUAGAUUACAUGAGUGUCUCGUACAUAUCUAAGUGCCUGCUUGCACUACUACACUGGAAUAUGAAUGAAUGCAGUGUCCCCUA